AUGGAAUUCAAACUACGUUUUACAAUCUGCCUACAAAUACUACUUAUUAAUUACGCGUAUUCUCAAUGCAUCGGUCAACCAAUAAUUCAAGAGACGACUGGUGUUUUUACCAGUCCAUUGAAAGUUCAGAACAUGCCGUUACCAGCGCCCAGUUUUAGCGUUUUUUCUGAUGGAUUGGUUGUCGAAGGUAUCGUUGGAGUGACUGGUGUUUUGCCUUUCCUGGGUACAGUCAGUAUGGAAGGUGCAUUACCCUCAAAUGGAUAUGGUACGGUUAGAUACAAUACUGGGACUGAAAAUGUUGGUAUUCUUGCUGAAAUACCAACUUACCAACAACGCUAUACUCUAUAG